AUGCUUCAGAUCCACCUCAUCUGUUACAGUAUCGUCACCAUCACCGCACAAAGUUUGGGGGCCUAUCUCAGGUCUGGAUCCCUCGGUGUGACCGUUCUGUUGACCACCAGAAAUGGGUUCCGAGAUAAAGGCGGUGACUUCUGUGCUAAGCGUAACCUGGUCAAAUAUGUCAACAGGAUCCCAUCAGUGCUGGGGGAGGAGCUGCCUGCCUGUGGCCAGCACUACUGGGAAACCUCCGUCAGGGACUGCCCGGCUUACCGGCUCGGCAUCUGCUCCAGCUCGGCCGCUGGCGCGCUGGGGCAAGGGGAGACAUCAUGGUACAUGCACUGUUCUGAGCCACAGAGAUACACCUUCUUCUACAGUGGUGUUGUCAGCGACGUUCAUGUGACCGAGCGUCCCACCAGGGUGGGCAUUCUGCUGGACUACACCAACCAGAGGCUUGUCUUCAUCAAUGCCGAAAGUGGACAGUUGCUUUUCACGAUCAGACACCGGUUUAACGAAGGUGUCCAUCCCGCCUUUGCUCUGGAGAAACCCGGGAAGUGUACUUUGCACCUGGGCAUAGAGCCCCCCGAUUCUGCAAGGCACAAGUGACCAUUGGCUCGCAGAGUUUUCAAGAGUAAUUUUUUUUUGCAUGGGGGGAUGGAUCUGUUUUUCUUUUCCUCGAAUGCUGUAUGCCAUUCAGAAUGUCUCUCACAAGCUUGUACUAUCGAUAGCUGUAUGUGCCACGAUCAUCAAGAGUGGUUCUGCAAACAGACUCUCAUGCCUGAGGCUCCAAAGUCCCAGGUUCAAGCCCUCGCACCACCACUAGUCAGAGCUGAGCAGUGCUCUGGUUAAAGAAAAAAAGAGGAAAAAAUUAAAAAAAAAAAAAAUUUCUAGAACAGUGUGUGUGUGAGUCAGGAGAAUGGAAAGAAAACCAACUUCCAGCUUUUGGUUUGUACGUGUUUGCAUUCUUCCUGAAAUUUCAGUGAUCUGUCUGUACCUGAUAUGGGAACCUAAAGAGAGAAUAGCUUCUACACCAUUUUGUUGAUGAAAGAAAGCCUUGUAUGGACACCUCUGAGGGGAGGGAGGAAGACUGUGAUACUAAUCACCUCCUCUGACAAGAAACAGACUUUUUUUUUCUUUCCAUAAGAAAAGUGUCACUUCACUUCACUUCACUCAAGGAUGGUGAAUUCUAAGCAUAAAAGAAAACAUUUUCACCAUUGGGUUCAUAAGCACCUCUUUUGUACAGAACUAGAGUCUUCCUCCCCCCACCCCUCCAAAAAAAAACCAAAAACCAAAAAACAAAUGUAGAAAACUGCUAGAUGGUAGAAAUGUCCAUUUUGUUAAAUAAAUGACUAGUCUAUAAAAUGAAA